AUGGCAUACGAACAGCGCGGCGAGCGCGACUUUGCUGCUCAAAGGGGCGGUGGUGAAGGUGGCGGUGGAGCCUUUGAGGGAGGAGGAGGAUUUGGCCGAGGACGAGGCAGACGACCUGUAACUGAUUAUGGCUCCACCAUGGUUCAUUGGAUGCGCAAUCGCCAGCCCAGAUUCAAAGGAGGGUACCAAGGAGAGUUUGAGAGACCAAGCCCGAGCUACAUCAUUGAUAUUCUACCCCCUCUAGCCCGACUCCAAAAUCCCGCAGACUCGAUACCAUCUCGGCAUCUCCAUUCUUCCCUAAACAAAAUAAAGCACCCCGUCAAUGUGGUACGCUGGACACCAGAAGGCCGACGAUUACUCACCGCUUCCAGCAGUGGAGAGUUUACUUUAUGGAAUGGGACUGGUUUUAAUUUCGAGACCAUUAUGCAAGCACAUGAUGUAGCUAUCCGAGCCUUGUCUUACUCGCACAGUGAUGACUGGCUCUUGUCAGCUGAUCAUGACGGGAUCAUCAAGUACUGGCAACCCAAUUUUAACAAUGUCAAGGUCAUUCAAGGACAUAGUGACCCUAUACGAGACCUUGCCUUCAGUCCGAACGACUCCAAGUUUGUCACGGCCUCGGAUGACUCUUCGUUGAAGAUUUUCGACUUUGCCGGAGGCAUGGAGGAGUCCACUCUCAGUGGUCACGGAUGGGAUGCAAAAAGCGUUGACUGGCAUCCUACCAAAGGACUCCUUGUUUCUGGAUCGAAGGAUCAUCUUGUCAAGUUGUGGGAUCCUCGGACGGGUCGCUGCUUGACAACUCUCCAUGGCCAUAAAAAUACCAUUACAAAGACUGUAUUUGAAAGGGUCAGAGGUCAGUGUCUAGCAACUUCGGCACGGGAUCAAGCCGCACGUGUUUUUGAUCUCAGGAUGAUGCGUGACAUCGUUUUGCUCAAGGGCCACGAGAAGGAAAUCUCGACCUUGACUUGGCAUCCAAUUCACUCCUCGCUUCUGAGCACUGGUGGAGGCGAUGGAGCAUUAUUCCAUUACCUUCUCGACGAACCAAAUACCCCUCCUGGCGUGGCUCCUUCUGUAGCGCCAUAUGACACUCCUGACCCAUCUAUAGCCCCCGCCCAAACAAUAUACCCAGCUCACAAAAUUUCCUACGCUCACGACUUCCCUAUCUGGUCACUGGACUGGCACCCCUUAGGUCAUAUCCUCGCAUCCGGUUCAAACGACCGGGUCACCCGCUUCUGGACGAGAGCACGUCCAGGAGAUGUAGACACCUUCAACGACCGCUACCAUAUCGGCGAGUCAGCGGCUGAAGCCCAAGGAACCUGGGAUCGUCGCGGAGGUCGGCGACAACGACAGGAGGAAGAAGAGCAAGAAAUGGAAGACGAAAUGGAGGGACUGGUUGACCAACAAAUGCCAUCAAAACUCCCCAGUUUCCCAGGCAUCCCCGGCCUACCGCUUCCACAAUUUGGCAAGGACGGCAGUACUGCACUGCCUAAACCCCAAAUUCCAGGAAUGGGCGGGGCUGUUCUCCCUCCACCUCCUCCUUUCGGCGUGAGUGGUGUCAAUGUACCUCCGCCCCUCCCAGGCCUUGAUCCCAAUAACCCUCCCGAUUUCGCAAAACUAGCAGAGAUGAUGAAGAAAGCUGGCCUACCUCCACCCCCGCCUCCAAUGGCCGGCGGACAAUCGCAGUUUGCACCUCCGCCACCGGGAAUGCUUCCUCCCGGCCUAUUUCCACCUCCCGGGAAUUUCCAGAUCCCGCCUGGAUUUCCUCCCCCUCCUAUGGGUGUACCACCACCUCCAUUCCAAAUCCCUGGUAUGGGCGGGGGCCAGGGGAAUGAAAACAAUCAACAGGACAGCAGUGCUGCUAGUGUGAGGAGACGAGGCCCGUUGCCAAGUCAGGAGGAGAGUUUGAAAAUGGAGCAGAGGCAAGGGAAGUAUACUCGGUCGAGGUAG